AUGGCUACUUCCCUAAUCUCUCCACUCACAUAUGAGACUUCCGCCACAUCACUGUUGACCAUAACCAUCGCAAUCACAAUAUCCGCCGUCGUUCUCUACUUCCUCGGAAAUCUCCGAAGAACCAAAUCGCCGCCGGGUCCACGUGGGCUGCCGGUCGUCGGGUACCUCCCGUUCCUCCGCCGCAACGACCUCCACCGGCAGCUCACUUCCCUGGCUGAAACCCUCGGCCCAAUCUACACAAUCCAGGGCCUCAACAGAUCCCUGGUGGUGGUCAGCUCCCCGGAUCUGGCGAAAGAGGUCCUCCGGGUCAACGAGUCCAUCUUCUCGACCCGCCCGAUCCCGAUUGUGGGCCGGAUCUUAACCUACGGCGGGAUCGACCUCGCCAACCUGCCGUACGGCCCCGAUUGGGCCGGGCUGCGGAAGGUCAUGUUCCGGGAGGUUCUCAGCAGCGGGGCCCUGGACACGUGUCACGCGCUGGGCAGGGGAGUGGUUCAGGCGGGGAUGCGGGAGAUUCGCGCCGGCGAGGCGACGGAGGUGUUCGAUGCGGCGAUGAAGUUGGUGGUCGAUUCGACCCUGGUAAUGUUAUGGGGCGGCAGCGGGGAGGGAGGAGGGGCGGCGCCGGAUUUCGCGGCGGAGUAUCGGGAGGCGACGAGGGAGAUGACGGAGCUGUUGGGGCGGGCGAAUGUCUCCGACGUGAUUCCUCUGCUUGCGAGGUUUGAUUUGCAGGGAAUUCAGGGGGAGGCGGCGGCGGUUGCGGAGCGUUUCGAUGGGAUCAUUACUUCGGUGGUACAACGACGGAUGGAUGAUUUGUCUUCGGGGAAAUUGGUGCCUUCCAAGGAUUUGCUCCAGAUUUUGCUGGAAAUUCAGAGCCGGGAGGACUCUUUGAUUGCCUCUUCGUCCCUCCACUUCAAGGCUAUGAUCCAGGACAUUGCAUCUGGUGGCACGGAGAGCAUAGCCAUCCUACUCGAAUGGGCAAUGACAGAGCUUCUUAGCAACAAAGAGGCGAUGACAAAAAUCCAACAAGAACUAGAUCUCAUCGUCGGACCGAACAACGUCGUGGAACAGCGUCAUCUGAAAGAGCUGAACUACCUAAACGCCGUCGUCAAGGAAACAUGCCGGUUGCACCUAGGACUCACCCCUCGACUGGCCGGUCAGCCUUGCACUAUCGGCGGUUACCACAUCCCGAAGGGAGCUGCAGUUUUCGUCAAUACUUGGGCCAUCCACAGAGACCCACAAAAUUGGGCCGAACCACUGCAGUUUCGGCCCGAGAGGUUCCUGGACAGUUGUGAGGAUGGGCCGAGGUUUGAUUUCAUGGGCAGUAGUUUCCAGUUCCUGCCGUUCGGAUCCGGUCGGCGGGUUUGCGUCGGGCUUAACCUGGCAGAGAGACUGAUGAAAUAUGUGCUGGCGUCGAUGUUGCAUUCCUUUGAGUGGAAGCUGCCGGACGGCGAGGAGAAGCUCGAUUUUUCGGAUAAGUUGGGGGUGGUCGCAAAGAAGGUAAAGCCUUUGGUUGCUAUACCGUUCCCCCGCCGGCUGGGUAAAUUGGGCUGUGAAGUUCAAUUAUAA